GCGACCUUCUCAUCUGACACACGCCCACAAAACUUUCAUUCUCCAACACUUCCCACAUCAACAUCGCCCAUCGUGGAGGCAGCAUCAGCGAGAUACGCGGCGCGAGACCGCUGGGUCCACGAGGGAGCUGCUCCCCAGACCCCACUGCAGCGCUAUAUUCACAAUGCCUGCGAUCCGCAAAACUUCGAGCCAAACCUGGCCCUCAAUCUCGAGAUAGCCGACCUGAUCAAUGCUAAGAAGGGAAAUGCUCCGCGCGAAGCCGCCGUCGCCAUUGUGCAAUACAUCAACCACCGCAAUCCCAACGUCUCCAUGCUUGCCUUGACCCUGCUCGAUAUCUGCGUCAAGAACUGCGGCUAUGCUUUCCACCUCCAGAUAAGCACAAAGGACUUCCUGAACGAACUCGUCCGUCGCUUCCCCGAACGUCCACCUAUGCGCGUCUCUCGUGUUCAGAACCGCAUCCUCGAGCUUAUCGAAGAAUGGCGAUCCACCAUCUGCGUAACCUCAAAGUACAGGGAGGAUCUGGGCUUCAUCCGCGAUAUGCACCGCCUGCUGAGCUAUAAGGGCUACACUUUCCCCGAAGUCAAGAGGGAGGAUGCUGCCGUACUCAACCCCACCAAUGACCUCAGAUCAGCCGAAGAGAUGGAAGAAGAGGAACGUGCAGCUCAGUCUGCAAAACUGCAGGAGCUCAUUCGCAGAGGUACUCCUCAUGACUUGCAGGAAGCCAAUAAGCUUAUGAAGAUUAUGGCCGGCUUCGACACUCGCCGCAAGACCGACUACCGUGCAAAGGCUGCUGAGGAGGUUUCUAAAGUUCAGCAAAAGGCGAGAUUGCUCGAGGAAAUGUUGCAGGGCUACAAGCCAGGCGACGAGAUCAAAGAAGGCGAUGUGUUCGAGGUAAGUACUGUCAGCAAUUUCGCACUGAGUUUUGAUGUUGACGAGGCUAGNGAACUCGCAAAUGCCCUGGCUAGUGCGCAUCCCAAGAUCCAGAAGAUGUGCGAGGAAGAGUCCGAGGACCAUGAGGCUGUCGCAAAGCUAUUUGAGAUCAACGACAGCAUACACCGUACAAGCGAGAGAUACAAGCUUAUCAAGAAGGGCGAUCUCGAGGGCGCCAACAGAAUCGCUGCUGGCACUCUGGGCAUUAGCGGUGCUGGUGUCAAGAGUGGACCCAACAACGAGUUGUCUCUGAUCGAUUUCGGUGGUCCAGAGGAAGAAGAGGCUGCUCAGCCUGCUCAAUCUCAGCCUUCGCAGGCCGCUGCUCAACCUAAGGGAAAUGCUUUAGAAGAUGACUUGCUUGGUCUAUCAAUGGGCGAUACUGUCUAUGGUUCUGGUGGUGCCUUGACCCUUGGCUCUCCGAACAAUGGUCUGGCCGAUCUUGCUGGCUCCUCGAGCUCACAACAGACCCCUGCACCCGCACCUGCUGCUAUUCCUCCUCCCGUUCAGCCCCAAGCAGCCAAAGCAAACUACGAUCCCUUUGGCAUGAUUUCUUCCCCUGCUCCUGCAUCAAACUCCUUCCACCAACCGCAGCAACAACAGAAGGCAGCAGAUCCGUUCGCUGCUCUGUCCGGUAACUCGCGCACCGCGUCACCUUUCCAAUUCCAGCAAUCUGUCAAGCCUCCAGCAUCACCUGCAGUUCCGCAAUCGGCUGCAUCACUAUUGGGUGGCGACGACGAGUGGACUNNUUUCUCAUCUGCUCUCCCAACACAGCCACAGCAACCUCAAUCCAACACUGUAACUGUCAUUGACUCGAGCGUGAGAGCCGUCUUCCAUGUCUCGAGACCAGCAGGUGCAAACGACUAUCUAGCCAUUGACGCCAGGAUAUCCAACAAGACUCCUCAACCCAUUAGCGAUUUUACCCUUCAACUCGCAGUAACAAAGGCAUUCUCCUUGCAACUUCAACCACAAUCCGGUCGCAACCUGUCCCCGAACCAGGUCGACGGUAUCAAGCAAGCUAUCCGCUUGCAGGGUGUGGCUCCUGGUAAAGGAAGCGCUGUUCGUAUGCGUUGGCGUGCUAGUUAUGUUAUCGGCGGUCAACCGCGCGAGGAGAGUGGUGAGGUUAGCAAUCUGGGUGUGCUUUAG